AUGAUAUUUAAAAAGGUUUUUACAAGUUUGAUGAUUCUCGGGUUUGCGGCAGAAGUGUGGUCUCACGUAGAAAUAGAAGCAGAAGAUUAUUUCUUUCCUUUGGAACCGGUGAUAAAUUUUUGCAAAAUGGCCGACCAAUGUCAGCACGAUUUCGUCCCAAUCUGCGGGCAAGACUCCCUGGGUAUAACGAGAAUGUUCAACGAUAAUUGUGACCUGUAUGAGUAUAAUUGCGACGAGAAGAAACAAUACCGCCAUGUAAAAAUGGAUGUUUGUAAAUACGAAGCGGCCGCUGCGGAAAACGAGUGAAGUAAAAUAGAG